AUGCCAGGUGACAGGCCAGUCUCAAAAGAGACAGGCACGAUGCCAUUCAUUGUAUCAACCGGCUUGCACAAGACCGACCAAGAUACACGAAAAUUUAUUCGUAAGCAUGUCAUGUUAGGCAAAAAUACUGGCAAAGGCUCCGGGAAACAACGACACAACAAGGCAAAGCGUAAAAGACCUCUACCAGAAUUUAUCCCUCUCGCGAUAGCUCCACGUCCUGACGAAGAUAUCCCCACAUUCUCGGAUACAUUACAUACUUUAUCUUCAGCUUAUCCUCCUUCCAUCCCUCAAAAGAUUGGAACGGAUUUGUCUCUUGUACAAUUUGCCGACGUAGUAGAGCCAUCUACAGCAUCGCUUGUUCUGCGAUUCUCAGCUGUGGCAAAACGAACAUUAUUUCCCCUGGAAUCAUGUAUUUUGUUCGACAAACAAGAAGGGCGACAAUGGAUUGAACUCAUGGCCUUCGACCCUAUUUUCCUCCAUACGAUGAUAUUCACCACACUAACCUACCAUGACUCGCUCCGACGCUGCCGAAGUUAUGCACCUAGGUGCAUGCAAUCGUCCUUACACUUUACUAAGGCAAUUCGUCUUUUGCGGGAGAGACUGUUACUCGAGAGUGAUGAAACAAAAUUUUCGGAUAUUACGCUGUCUACAGUCCUCGGUCUGGCCGUCUACGCCUACCUGACCGGGGAAGACAAGGCCGCGGAAUAUCAUCUUUCUGCCCUGCGUACCAUCAUAGACUUCAGAGGUGGCAUAUGUGCAUUUUGGCAUAGUGGAAAACUCCUUCUUGAGCUCUUCAGAUGCGAUAUAGGCCUAGCUCUCAACCAUGGUUCAACGACAUUCUUUUUCACCGACCCUUCGGUAGAACCAUUCCCGCCGUAUCCAGAGGAAGAAUUAUUACACUGUUUCUUGGGAGCCAACAUAUGUGACACACAAGGCAGCCUAGAAAACUUCCUAGUUGAAGUUGAUGAUGAUUUAGUCAAAGCCUGGAGUAUCGUGAAGCAAUUCAGCACACGUAUCAAUCUUUCUAGCAAGACCAAAAGAAAACUACCGAAAGAACUCUUAUUAGACACAAUGGCCUCUGUCAUGUAUCGUCUUAUGCACAUGAGCUACAUAUACGGUUCUCUCGACGAAUGUAUACGCCUCGGAUUACUGACAUAUUCAAUAAGUAUCUUUCUCCAGUGGAGAGACACGAGGAUGUCAUAUAAUUAUUUUUCGACUACCUACAGAGAUUGUUUGACUGCCUCUCACUUCUCAAAUAUGUUGCCCAUUCAUUUCCAGCUGUGGCUUUUGAUGAUUGGAGCCGUCUCAAUUUACGAGGAGCAAGUCGACCUGUGGCUUAAACCACAGUUGGAGUCUAUCAUCAAUUCGUGCAGUCUGGAUAGUUGGGAUCAAACAAGGGAUAUUUUGCAUUCGAUUAUGUGGAUUGAUCUGCUGCAUGAUCAUCUUGGCAAAAGAAUCUUCGACUCCAUUGUUACUGAGAGUUCACUUACUGAAAGCUUCAUGCUCUCAGAUCGCGGCUAA